AUGCCGGCGCCAUGGCAUCCGAAUAUCCGCCUUGACCUCUCGAUUUAUUUUUGCCCUAGGGAGGAAGCGCGCAGCAAUGGCGGAGGCGACUGCAACGCUAGGGUUCUUCGCCGGCGGCGCGAUUCCAGCGGCGGCAGAGGGAGCGGAGGCCUCUCCCAACAACAGCAGCGAUUACGACAGCGAUGUGAGCGAGGGUACGCUGGCAUUGGCGCUGCGGCGCCGCGAGGCGAGCGACGAGGACGAUGAGGAGGACGAGGAAGAAGCUGGGGCUGGGGAUGGGGCUUGGCUGGAUGAGGAGGAGGCCGAAGAGUUCAUUGACGAGUCGUUCGAUGGGCGCCAGCAGCUGGGUAAGGAUGGGAAUGACUUGGCCCGCAAGGAUUCUGGCGAAGGAGGCGCGGCGGGCGAUGAGAAGAAGGAGGCUGAGCCAUUUAUGGUUCCCACGAAUGGCGCAUUCUACAUGCAUGACGAUCGAUUCCGGGACAGUGGUGGAGCGAGACCCAGGCGUGGAAUGGGGGGAAGGAGGCUCUGGGAGGCGAAAGAUGAGAAGCCUUGGGUCCAUGACAUGUUCGAGGAGCUUACACUGGGAGCACAAGAGAACUUACGGCGAAGAGGAAGAGGCCAAGGCCGCGGAAGAGGAAGAGGCCGAGGCCGUGGAAGAGGCCGGCUUGCCAAUCCCACCGAGGAGAACGGCCCUGUGCUUACGCAGCGCGUCUCUGUGAAAGGCCGAGGAGCAAAGAAGGACCACGAAGACGCGGCUCCUCUUGCUAACAAGGAGCUGGGCAGUCAGUAUGUCGCUAAGAAGCAAGUUGGCGCUUCCAGCCUGAGCUCGUCCUCGCCGCCAUUCUUCCCAACCGGGGCGUCAGGGGUGCAAGACGCGGGGCAUCAGGAAAGCAGCAAGAGAGUUAUCGGAAACGGCCUAAGGAAGCUGACCGCGAGCUCGUCCGUCUUUGUACCGAAGCUCCCCCACGGGAAAACCGACACGGCCGAAGCCUCAAGCUCCUUAUUCUCGGCGCAAGCACCCACGUCUUCGAGGCACGCCUCCAAAGCCGCGGACUCGCAUUUUUAUAAAGGCCGGUCAGUAACAGGAUCAGCAGCUGGGAAAGGCAAGGCAGUGGCUCAGUCUCAGGCUUCUACGAGUAGGAUAAUCCAGCAGCCAGCCCAGGCGCAACACUCUCAGGAGUUUCACUCUUCGACGUCUAGUCUGCGGGGAAAUCCUCUCGUCAGUGCGAACGACUCUGGAGCGGCUGUUGGUGGCGGUGGAAGAGGUGGCAGGACUGCUUCGUCUGGAAAGAGUUCCCUCGUGUAUGGCGGCGCUCCUGCUCGAGACAACACCUUUUCUCCGCCCCAAGUUUUGAGCCCACUUCUUCAGUAUGGUAACCAGUCUCAAGGAGGGGUGAUGGUUCCAAGCAUGAUGCCACUCUCGGGGCAACCUCUUUAUGGAUAUGGGAAUUCCGAGAUAGCUUGGGUGCCAGUUCUGGCUGGAGGAGGGAAUGGGUUAGGCACCGGUUUCAUGUCACCUUACAUUGCUGUGGACAGCACGUCACCAGGAAUGUAUUUUGCGCAGCCAUCUUCUCAGCCAGUGUUCCAGCCGUCUAGGGAGCAUGGAUCGAAUAACAUGUGGAGGCCGCCUUCUGAAGCUUCAGGCUUGCCAUCUGAAGAAAGGCAAAAUAAACCUCGCAGCUCACUGGCGAAAGCGCAGAGCGCAUAUUGAGGGAAAAGCUUCUCUACUUGUGAAGGCAAAGGAUUGAUCACGCGCUGGCGGUAUCGUCGCGUGUGGUUCCUUGCCUUGUUCAUUGCGGUAUUAUACUUACUGGUAAAUACAGUCGAUUGCAUUCAGUCAAGUUUACGAACUUAAUUGGACCCGGAGUUGGAAUUUGGGGAAGAACAAACGAUUUCUGUAAGAGCAAUGAAUGAGUGGAGAAUUUCACGAUAUGAUUGAUAUAUACAUUAUAUUAUAUUUGUUCUUUGAUUAUAUGUGGAGUGAAGUAAAAGUCGUUCUUGUGUA